CAACAGGCUGCUCAGUCUGCGGGGGUUUGGCAGCAGCGGCUCGUGGACAGGUUGGUAGACUCCAUCCCAGUAAUCCGCGGGCACGAGGCGAACAAAGUGAGAGCCUGCGCGAGCACAAACACAGUGAAGUGAUCCUAGGUACGUUUUGGAAGUCUGCACGCUACUGCUGCGGCUGCUGUUGCUGGUGCAAACUUUUAAAACUCUGUAACUCACCAACAGCUCCGCGUUUAGGAUGCCAUAAACUGUUGUACCAGCCGUCAAAGCGAGGAACCUCCCAGGUGUUUUCACAGCGUGUAUCUGUUCAAGACAGGUCGAGUUGAAAUACUAUUUUUUUAGGUUAACUGUGCUGUGUUAAGUGACUGAGCAUGAAGCACAACUGCUGUCUACUUACGUUCAGUGAGUAUGAGCACCAAGCCAACCGCUGCGCAGAUACUCAAAACCCUUUUACGCAAAUCCAUUGAUGCGAGAGAUGCUCCUCAGCUCAGUCUGCAGCCAAGAAGAGUGAAGGACAUCUGAACAGUGGAGACAGGGUGAAGCUUGUCAAUACAUCCUCCUCCUCCUCACAAGGGACACAAAGGGGGACUGGCACUAUAUAAGAAGUGUAUGUUUCCUCAACAAUCACACUCUCUUCUGCGGUCCUCGUCUUUCAACUUUGGUCUCAGCUAAGGCGCUAAGAUGACUCUCUUCGAUGACAUUUACCCAUUCUACCCUCUACAAAGAUCCUCCUUCCUCUUCAGUGGCCGUUUGAUCACAAUAAUUCUAGUCUUUCUUUUGCUAGCAUUCAGUCUUCUUAUCAUUUUGCCAGGGAUACGAGGGAAGUCGAGGCUGUUCUGGAUGUUUCGAAUAGUCAUCAGCUUGUUCAUAGGUGCUGUGUUAGUGGCGCUCAACUACACCGACGACUGGGCUGAGGCAAGAAUGACCACUAAUGCCACCUAUAAGUCUUUCAGCGACGCAGUGGUUAAUGCUGACAUCGGGUUGCAUGUUGGACUGCACGGCAUUAACGUGACACUGAAGGGGAAUCCCAUUGUACAGUUCAAUGAGACCAUAGACUACAAUGAGAUGUUCAGCUGGCAUGACACUAUUGAAGAGGAGUAUGAGGAAGCUCUUGAGAAAGGUUUACCCAACCCCAUCCUGUACAUCGUUGAAAAAUUCACCAUGAGCAACCCAUGUGGACUCAUCUUUCAGUACAGAUACUCUGGACGAUACGCCUCUGCAACCCUCUGGACGGCUUUCUGCUGCUGGAUUCUUGCCAAUAUCCUCUUCUCCAUGCCGGUCAUUCUGUAUGCUGGGUACAUGAUGAUGGCCACUGCUGCCUUCAUCUUCUUCUCCAUGGCCUCCUUCUCCACUAUCAUGAACGCACCUCCGUGUGUUUUCUCCAUAGGAUCAGAUUCAUUUGAAGCACAGUACAGCCAUUCAUUCUGGCUGGCUCUGGUAACAGGUUUGCUGUGCACCAUCAUAGGUAUUCUUGUGAUGUUGUUGCACUUUUUUAUACCAGAGAAGAUGAAAGAGGCUUUCAGUGUUGGCGUCGACAGUUAUGAAGAUGAGGAUGUUUCUUAUGGGGAGGGCUACCUUAACGCAGUUUUUCUUGAUGGAGUGACAAUUUCACCGCUGUCAACAAAAGUCACAGAGGAACAUAUAUGAAGUCAUCCUGCCUUCCCUCAGGGAGAUUCUCCAGCCAAUACUUGAAGAUAUUUUUUUGCUGAAUGUGUAACAGAUUAUGUCCCUCAAUACUCAUCUGUUUUGAUUAUUGUUGUGAGCCUGUAAAGUGUUAUAAAUGAUUGAACUGUACAUAGUUGUGAAGUACAUUGUCAUGGUGCGAUGGUUGUAGGAACAAUAUAAGAAGUUGUAUGGGAUCCAUGCAGUCUGUAUACAGUGAUCAAAA